AUGGUUGCGCCGUCGUCUGUCGCUCUCGGCUCCUCCGCCCGCCCCGCGUCCCCCGUUUUCGCCCGCCGCUGCACUGGCACCAGCGGCUCCCGCCAACGAGUCGUUCCUCCGGAGCUUCUCAUCCCCGUGGGUUGCGGCGCUAGCGGCGCCAGUGAUUUCGACGAUUCUGCCUCCUUUAGCUUCUUCGGUCUUGGCAGUGCCACUGGUUCCGCAAUGACGGGCACCGCGCUUCGUCGCGAUGGUGCCACCACUCCUAGGAGCCGAGUCUCCAUGACUCCUCCCCGCGGCCGCCCAUCUCCGCCAAGGUUGCGUGCAUCGUCCCCCCGCGUCUCGCGGGUGAUCGUCACUGCUGCUUCCGCCGGUUCCAGUGGCGGGCGCGGCCUCCCUUCCGACGAGCUUGCCCCCGGUACUCCCGGCUCCGCCAACGCUCCGCUUCUCUCCGUGCUUCCCGCGCAGUCCUGGAGUUCCCAAGGGGCGUCUCCGCGCGGAACGGCGCAGUCUUCGAGCCCGCACCAGCAUGCGGCGCACGGUUCCCCCAUGAGCACCAUCGCCCCCAUGGCCCCCUUGACCAGUUCCGCUAACCCCGCCGUAGCCGGCGGAAACUCCCACCGCGACUCCCACGUUUGCUCAGCAACUAACGUCACCGUCGCCGCCUCCGCCGCUGUUACCGCCGACAUGGCAGGCGGGAUCUCCGCCGCGCCCUCUGCCUCCGCGAUCCUCUCGUCUCUCCCGAGGCUAGCGUCCCUCCCCGCGCUUCCCGCUAUGCCCGCGCUGACCCUUGCGCUUCCGCGCAUGCGGCGGCAGAAGGAGUGGUUCCAAGAGGAGUCUCCCGCGAACGUGGCAGAUCUCCCCGUGGCGGGGCUGCGCACGGCGGAAGAGUUCGAGGCGGUGAUGAUGGAAGUAUCCAUGGCGGCCGGCGCGGCUAUGGGAUCGACUGAAGGCCGACUGGUCAUUGUGGAUUUUUUCGCGCCGUGGUGCGAUGCCUGCAAGGCCGUGUAUCCAACGGUGUGCGAAAUCGCUGAGAAGAACCCUGAUGUUGUUUUUCUCAAGUUCAACCUCGCGGAUAACAGAGACCUGGGCAAGGCCCUCGGAGUGAAGAUCCUCCCGUUCUUCCACUUCUACCGCGGCCAGCCUACCAAGCUCGACGCCGUCUGCGCGACCAUCAAGACUUAUCCCCGCCUAGAAAAGUUCCUGAAGAAUGCGAAUCUGUUGUGUGACGUGUGCGGUCAGAUCUGUGAGGGAUUUGCGAGCAUGGCCGCGGUUGAGUGCGUGCGACGGCCAUGGCGUGUCGGAGUGGUUGCCGUGGUCCUUGUGGUGACGCUGGCACUGCUCGUGCCUCGAGGCGUCACAGCCAAGCUCUCGUCCAUGACGGUGUUGGAUAGCCCAAUCCGAGACACUCAGUGGGUCGGACCCUCGGACGAGGUCGUGUUCACAGUAACGGAGGCAGGCCACGUGUGGGUCAGCAGGGAUGGGGGCGUGUCGUGGAACGACCAUUCUGCGCAGGGGAAGUUACCCGGGGGAACGGACAUUCCACCAGCCAAGGGAGCGUAUGAGCCGCCCAAGGGAGUGCAGGCCUUCUACUUCCAUCCCUCCACGCCAGAGAAGAUGUUCUUCCGAGGCGGAGGAGACACGCACUGGAUCACCACCAACGCUGGCGAGUCAUAUGACAGGGUGGAGGGGCCGGCAGGGCACAUGGGAGUGGCCACAGUGCGCCUACACCCCAUGGAGAGCGACUGGGUGCUGGCGAUGGUGCGACGAUGGGCGUGCUGGUCUAAGGACGAUACUCAGCGAGGCGGAUGCGCCGACGAUUUGUUCCUCACAAAGGACUUUGGCCGCACAUGGCAGAAUCUCACAGAGAGGGCUCAGGGCCGCAUUCUUGGCUUUGUGGACUUUGACUGGGGCUGGAGCAAGACCCCUGGCCAAAUGAACCACCACUCCAGCUACACCCGGGACACCAUCCUGGCAACGGUGUUUGAGAACCGGGACGAGGUGCGGGAGCAUCUGCGGGCGAACGGGGUGGCGCUGGCGACGGGGUGGGACGCGUACGUCGACUUUGUGCACACCAGCGACUACUUUGGCUCCAAGCACACGCGCACCGUGCCCUGCGGCAACCAGUUUGAGAUCAUGAACGACAAGCUCUUCCUUGCGGUGGCCGAGGGGUGCAGUGAGGCAGGAGCGCGCACAGAAGGCGGCCGGUCCGGCGUGCGGCUCAAGAUCUCCGCAGACUACGGCGGCUCCUUCCGGGACGCGUGCUUCCCGCGCCCGCUCGUGCAGCGCGGCUACUCGGUCGUGCACACGACGGCAGACACGGCGUUUGUGAACGUGGACUAUGCGGAGGGGUCGCGCGUGUCGCCGUAUGGAGACCUGCUCGUGGCUGACGAGUCGCUCUCGCUGUUCGGGUUGGCUCUGAGGAGGAAUGCGAGGAGCAUCAGCGGCGCUGUUGACUUUGCCGCUCUGCAGGGUCUGCCUGGAGUGUACGUGGCGAAUCAGCUCUCUGAAUACGUGGAACCCCCGGCGGCGAAGCAUGGUGGUGCGGGCACCACAGAGGAGGAUGACAUGACCUUCGCCCGCUCCACCACCCUCAUCACUUUCAACUCAGGCGCCUCGUGGGAGCCCAUCAAGGCCCCAGACUACGACACCAACCGCCACCCCAUCCACUGCGACCCGCGCGACGGCUGCUCGCUGCACCUGCACGGCACCACCAGCUGGAUCGGCGGCUCUGGCUUCGCCUUCGUCUACUCCCACGCCUCCACUCCCGGCCUCAUCAUCUCCACAGGCAACGUGGGGACGUUCCUGUACCAGGAUUCCACGAUCAACACGUAUCUGUCGCGGGAUGGAGGACAGACGUGGGAGGAGGUGGCCAAAGGGUCGCAUAUUUACGAGUUUGGGGAUUCCGGAGGGGUGAUUGUGAUGACGAAGCAUGGGUUGCACACGGCGUCGAACACGGUUAUGUAUUCGCUGGAUGAGGGGCUCACGUGGGAGGAGGAGACGUUUGCAGAGGCGGAGCAGCAGGUGGAUAUUUUUAACAUUCGCGUGGAGCCAGAUAACCAGGGGAAGAAGUUUCUCAUUCAGGGUCUGACGAUGGACGAUGGCAGUGGGAAGGCUCGGCAGGGGGUGCUGAUCUCUUUGGACUUCACAGCGCUGCCCGAGUACAAGCUCUGCAAGAGCAGCGACUACGAGUUCUGGACGCCCUCCGCCUCCCGCUGCUUCCUCGGCCAAAACAUCUCCAUCCAGCGCCAGCCCCGCUCAUCCAAGUGCUGGAACGGCGAGACAUACAAGCGCCCCGCGAAUCAGGUCACCGAGUGCGAGUGCUCCGAGAACGACUACCAGUGCGAUUUCGGCACCGAGCCCGACCCCAGCGAGCCAACCACGUGCCGCCACCUGUCCGCGUUCGCAGUCGACAGCUGUCCCGCCCUCGCCGGGAAGGGCUUUAAGCCUAACCCAGACAACAAGCGGCAGAUUGCGGGGGAUAAGUGCAAGGGGCACUGGUCUGGGGCGGGGAGCAAGAGUAGCUCCAGCUUCACUCCUGCGGAUCUUUUCCAGCGGGAAGCCAUGGCUAUCCGCUUCCGCUUUCCGCCCGCGUUCCUCCUCUCCCCCCCGUCCCGUCUCGAUAUCUGUGGACAGAACCGGAGCAACUCUCCCCGCUCCCCGUCGCAAUCUCCUUCGUUUUUCCGGCCGCUCCCGCCGCUCUCCCUCCUCUUACUCCUCCUCCUCGUCCUCCUCUCGCCGCCCUCCCGCCUCCCCCUCCCCUUCCCCCUCCCCCUUUCCUUCCCCCGUUCCGCUCCCCUCUCCGCGUUUGCGCGCGAGCGGAGCAAUCUUGGCCAGGACUACGACAUCUACACGGGUCCCGUGGACGCACAGUCCCUCGCCAACCUCCUUUUGCACGGCCAUGCGCACUCCGGUCCCCUGGCCUCUCUGCGCAAGGCCACGCGUGCCUUUGUGGACUUUCGCGCUGAUACCACGCGCAGGGGGCAGGCCCACGCAGAGGCGCAGCAGCUGGUGGAGAAAUUGCCAGAGGAGGCCAAGGAGAGCGGGGAGUAUUACCUUAAGGUCAUGGCAGCAGUCAUUGAAAAGGGGGAAGAAUACAUUGCCAAGGAGGUGGCACGGCUCAAGGGCCUGGUGUCGUCAGCCAGCCUGCCAGCAUCCAAGCACUCGCAGUUCCACCACCGCCUCUCCAUCCUCAAGGAGUUUGAGAUAAAGGAUGAGCUCUGA